AUGGAGGUCACGCUGCCGCCACUGCGAGGCGCAACUUCCGAAGAAGCCGUGCGCAUGCCUGGCUUUGCUCAUCCCGUCUUCGAGUUCAAGGUGCAUGUGAAUAAGCCCGGCGGACAAGGGCUCGUUUACGAAGCCUUUGAGUGGAGACGGAGCCGCGGUGACGCUGUCGGCCAGCUCGGCGGACGCUCGUACGGCUGGAAGCUGGUGAGAUUGGCAAACAAUGUGCUCCCGGGAGCUGGCGGAGGCGAGAUCACCAGCGAUGGUCGAGAGGUGCUUGCGGUCUGCACGCAAAACGCUUACAGCAUGAGCAAGGUAUGGAAGUUCGAGUUUACUGGCACAGGUGCAUCGGGGGCCUUGGGCGAGAGAUUCGCUGUCAUGGCGGUCAUUACCUCUUUGGGGAUUUGGCUUCGAGAGAGCAGGCGAAAGAACUCAAGUGCAUCUAGCGGUGGCUCCGCGUAG